CUAUAUAUUCGUACUGCAUCCCCCCAUUAAUGCCGUUCAUCUUCUUCCCUCUGCCCCUCCCAAAAUUUUAUUAAUUUGCUCAAAUGGGUCGCUUUAAUCUCCUUAUUGCACUCUCUUUUCUUUCUCUCUUCUUCUUCCCUUCCCCAACACUCGCUCAACUCCGACGAAACUUCUACGCCAAUAUCUGCCCCAAUGUCGAAAACAUUGUUCGCUCCGAAGUUACCAAAAAAUUUCAACAAACUUUCGUCACUGUUCCCGCCACUCUCCGUCUCUUCUUCCAUGAUUGCUUUGUUCAGGGAUGUGAUGCCUCUGUAAUUAUUGCUUCCACCGCAUCCAACAAGGCCGAGAAGGACCAUCCCGAUAACCUCUCACUUGCUGGAGAUGGAUUCGAUACCGUCAUUAAAGCUAAAGCCGCCCUCGACGCCAUUCCUCAAUGCCGAAACAGAGUAUCUUGUGCCGAUAUUCUCGCUUUGGCCACCCGUGACGUCAUCGCAUUGUCCGGUGGACCGUCGUACGCGGUGGAGCUGGGAAGAUUAGACGGCCUGGUUUCUAGAGACUCCGACGUGAACGGUAGACUGCCAGCACCGACCUUUAAUCUCAAUCGGCUCAAUUCUCUGUUUGCUGCGAACGGCCUUACACAACAAGACAUGAUCGCUCUCUCAGCGGCUCACACCGUCGGAUUCUCCCACUGUGGGAAAUUCUCGAAUCGAAUUUACAGUUUUGCCCCUGGGAGACCAGUGGACCCUACACUAAACAAAACGUAUGCAACCCAGCUACAAGCGAUGUGCCCGAAGAAUGUGGACCCGAGAGUGGCCAUUAACAUGGACCCAAUCACGCCCAGAGCGUUUGACAACAUUUACUUUAGAAAUCUACAGCAAGGGAUGGGGCUGUUCACGUCGGACCAGGUUUUGUUCAGCGACGCUAGGUCCAGGCCCACAGUGAACGCGUGGGCUAGCAAUUCCCAAGCCUUUAAUAAAGCUUUUAUUGAAGCUAUGACUAAGUUGGGGCGGGUCGGGGUCAAGACCGGUAGAAACGGUAACAUUCGGCGCGAUUGUGGAGCUUUCAAUUGAUGCCUAGUUUUGUACUAGUGUAAGUGUAUAGAGGAUUGGAUUGGGGGCGGCAUUGAGUUGAAGUGAAGUGGUUUAAAUAAAAAAUGGAGCGCGGACUUAACUAUUUAUUGCGUAUCAAGUUAGUUAUAGGGUUUGGUUGGGACUGUAAUUAGGAUUUAAUUUUUCAAUAAACAAUAGUUGUGUUUCUUCAUAAUUAUUGCAAUAAAACUUCAACUCUUCGAUACA